AUGCGUGGUAUCUCGGUUCUUUUGCUGUGUGCCGCUAGUCUGGCCUCUGGUAGUCUGAUUCCAAGACAGCCUGUUGGCCAGAAUCGAGUCGUAGUUCGUGGUGGAAAGGAUCACCAUCAUAAUCCUCGGCCUCCUCCUACUACCACUCCAUGUGAUACUACUAGUACAACUGCUCCCCCGCCACCGCCAACUAGUACUCCAUGCGAGACUGAUACAACAACUGCUCCUCCACCUCCACCAACUAGCACUCCGUGUGAUACUACAAGUACUACUGCUUCCCCGCCACCGCCAACUAGUACUCCGUGUGAUACCGAUACCACAACCGCUCCACCUCCACCAACUAGCACUCCGUGCGAGACUGAUACUACAACUGUUCCUACACCAACCAGCACUCCAUGUGAUACUGAUACUACAACUGUUCCUCCACCAACCAGCACUCCAUGCGAGACUGAUACUACAACUGUUCCUCCACCAACUAGCACUCCAUGCGAGACUGAUACUACAACUGUUCCUACACCAACCAGCACUCCAUGUGAUACUGAUACUACAACUGUUCCUACACCAACCAGCACUCCAUGUGAUACUGAUACUACAACUGUUCCUCGACCAACCAGCACUCCAUGUGAUACUGAUACUACAACUGUUCCUCCACCAACUAGCACUCCAUGCGAGACUGAUACUACAACUGUUCCUACACCAACCAGCACUCCAUGUGAUACUGAUACUACAACUGUUCCUCCACCAACCAGCACUCCAUGUGAUACUGAUACUACAACUGUUCCUCCACCAACCAGCACUCCAUGUGAGACAGACACCACAACUGUGGUCUCUCCUCCAGCAACCUCGACUCCGUGCACCACUGAGACCACAGCAGUCCCACCACCGCCAGCUAGCAGUUCGUCUUCGCCUCCAGUCACAAUUACUACCACUUACACAACGACUACUUGCCCAGUUGAAUGGACUACUAUCACGAGUGGAACAUCUGUCGUCAGCCAACCCGUGACUCAGACUAGCACCAUCAUCGUCACCUCGGUGAUUACCUGCACUGAAGGAUGCACUCAGCCAACCGCUCCCCCGCAGAGCACCAGCGUUGUAGUUCCUCCUCCAAGCUCAGCUCCCGAGAAUACCUCGCCUGCACCUGAGAGUUCUCCAGCUCCCACUGGAGUAUCUCCCGAGAACACAACCUCUCUCGCUCCCGAGGAGACCCCAGCUCCCACUGGAGUUUCACCUGAAACCACAGCUGCACCGGCUGCUACCUCUUCUACCGCACCUGCUCCAGCUUCUACUACCGCAGCUUUCAACGCUGCCUCUUCUCAGUUCCAGAGAUCGAUUGCUGGUCUGUUGCCAGCGGUUGUCGUUGCAUGGGCUCUAAUCUAA